ACAAAUCCAAAUUGUUCCCAAUCAAACCUUGGUGACAGUAAACAUAUACAUAGAAUUAAGGAAAAAAAAAAACAUGGGAUCCCUUGAAACUCCAACCAAGCUUCUUGUUGUAGACUUCAACAAUGAAGACUUGAAACCUGGGUCAACUUCAUGGGCUCAUGCAUGCAAGGACAUUAGGACAGCCCUUGAAGAUCAUGGCUGUUUCAUAGUCCUCUGUGAUAAAGUCUCCCCCCAACUUCACAACUCAAUCUUCCAUGCAUCCCAACAAUUGUUUGACCUCCCUUUUGAGAAAAAAAUCCUUAACACCAACGAAAAACCCUACCAUGGCUAUGUCGGCCAGAUCCCUUUUAUACCCUAUCAUGAAGCCUUUGGGAUCGACCAUGCAACCACCAUUGAAGGUGUCCAAAGCUUUUCCAAUCUCAUGUGGUCCGGCGGAAACCACUCUUUCAGUGAAAGUUCGCAGUCAUUUUCGAAGAUUGUAGCGGAGUUAGAGGAGAAGGUGUUGCGGAUGUUAUUCGAGAGCUAUGGUGUGGAGAAACACUACGAUUCGUACGUUGAAUCGACGGCGUAUCUUCUUCGAUACAUGAAAUACGAAGUCCCUGCAGAAUCGGAUGAAAACAACGUUGUUUUUCCUUGUCAUACCGACAAAACUUUCAUGACGGUCCUUUAUCAGCUGAAUCAAGUUUCAGGGUUGGAAGUACAAGCAAGAAAUGGCGAAUGGAUUUCUGCACAGUUUCCUCCCUCUUCCUUCAUUGUCAUGGCCGGCGAAGCAAUCAAGGGGUGGAGCAAUAGUCGAGUGCUGGCACCCAUUCACAAGGUAACAAUGGAUGCCAAUGGGAAGGAAAAAAGAUACAGUGUGGGAAUAUUCAGUUUCUUGAAGAACAGCAAGACUAUAGAGGUUCCAGAAGAGCUAGUGGAUGAUGAACAUCCAUUGCAGUUUAAGCCUUUCGUGCAUCUUGACAUGAUCAAAUUCUUCGACUCAGACAAGGGCAGGAGAUCCAAGAAUUUACUCAAGGAUUUCUGUGGCAUUUAAUAUUUAAUAUAUAUAUAUAUAUAUAUAUAUAUAUAUAUAUAUAUAUAUAUAUCAUGAUGUUAUGUUAUGUGAAGCUUAUAUUACCUACUAGUUGUUUGUCUCCAAUAAGGUAGUUGUGUCUGCAGUUACGUUAGUUGUUUGCUCCUAGACUUCAUGUGGGUCUCAUUCAUGUGAAUUUCUAGACUUCAUCCUCUACAAUGUUAUAUAUAUUUAAUUUUACUAGAGAAACUUGCAAUUAUUUCUUAAGAGUGAAUUUUAUCAUUCCUAUAUAAUACUCAUUGUGUCUCAUUUUA